AUGAAAGGGGGUAUUUAUAGGGUUAAGCAACACAUUGUAGGAGGACAUAGAAAUGGACAAGCAUGUAAAAAGUGUCCUGAUCAUGUGAAAGAGGAGAUUAGAGAAUACAUGAGCAAGAAGAAAGAAGAAAAGGAAUACACAAAUUUGUUGCCUGAUUUUGAUGACAUGGAUGAUCAAGAUGAGGAUGAUGUUGCAAUUAUUGAUGUUAAGGGUAAAAGAGUGGCAAGUGGAACUGGAAGCAAUAAUAUUCAAUCAAAAAUGCAGAAGCAGAAAGGUCCUAUUGAUUUGUACUUCACCCCUCCUCCGGAAGUGGCUGUGCAAAAUAGAAAAAAUGACAAAGCUGUUGAAGCUAUUGGCCAACAUGGUCCAGGAAUGAAACCUCCGUCUUAUCAUGAGGUGAGAGUUCCCCUCCUCAAGAAAGAACUGGAGCAUACAGACAAUUUAAUGCGGGAUCAUAAGGAGGAAUGGGCAAAAUACGGAUGCACAAUUAUGGCAGAUGGAUGGGAGGAUAAAAGACAGAAGUGUUUGAUUAAUUUUCUGCAAAUUGGAGUAACAAAUGUGGUUCAAGUAGUCACUGAUAGUGCAUCUUCUAAUGUUGUGGCAGGGAGAAUGUUGGAGGGAAGGCACCGACAUUGGUAUUGGUCACCUUGUGCUGCACAUUGUGUGGACCUGAUGUUGGAGGACAUUGCUAAGAUCCUAAAUAUAAUGAUGACCAUAAAGAGAGCUAUAAUGUUAAAUGGUUAUAUUUAUAACCAUUCGGGUUUGUUAAAUAUGAUGAGGCGUUAUACUGGACAUACCACUUCAUUUAUCACGUUAUCAAACAUCCAUCGUCAAAAGGAUUGCUUGAGGAAGAUGUUCACUUUACAAGAAUGGACCUCCAGUAAAUGGGAGAAAGAGAUACAAGGGAAAAAUGUAGCAUAUAUUGUGUUGAUGCCUUCAUUUUGGACAAGCAUUGUGUACUCUCUCAAAGUAGCAAGCCCUCUUGUUCAUGUACUUAAGUUGGUUGAUGGUGAGAGAAGGCCUCCAAUGAGAUAUAUUUAUGAGGCUAUGGAAAGGGCUAAAGAAGCGAUAGCUAAAGCUUUUGGUAGGAAUGAGGAGAAGUAUAAGGACAUCUUUGAGAUCAUUAAUAGAAGGUGGAAUAUCCAACUCCAUCGCCCUUUGCAUCCAGCUGGGCAUUUCUUAAACCCAGAAUAUUUUUAUAGCAAUCCAAAUAUUGAGCAAGAUGAAGAGGUGAUGGGUGGUUUAUAUCAAUGCAUAGAAAGAUUGGUUCCAACCACUGAAGUGCAAGAUAAAAUUUCUUUAGAGUUGAGUAGAUAUAUGAAAGCUGAUGCCGAUUGGUGGUCCGCAUAUGGUUCUACAACUCCUAAUUUGCAAAAAUUUGCUAUUAAAGUGCUUAGCCUCACAUGUAGCGCAUCUGGCAAGAAGAGGAACCGGCUAACUCAAUGUCGAUUGAAUGAUUUGGUUUUCAUCAAGUACAAUAGAGCACUAAAACAACGAUAUGAUAUGCGUGAUAGGAUCAAUCCCAUCCUUUUAAAUGAUAUAGAUGAUAGCAAUGAGUGGUUGGUUGGAAUAAUGGAUGAAGAUGUAGAUGCUGAAAAUGAGUUGGUGUUUGAAAAUGACUCUUUGACAUGGAGUGCAGUUGCUAGAGCUACCGGGGCUGGAGAGUCCAGCCAUAAUUUAAGAUCAAGAUCAGCUCCAAGGGUAACAAAGAGGACAACACCUUCAUGCUCAUCUUCAUUACGAAUCAUAGAUGAUAACGAGGCAAACUCUGAGGACACAGAAGAGGAAGAAGAUGCUGAGGGUUACAAAUCUUUUGAUGGGGACAAUGAUGAGACUAUGUUGUUUGGUGAAGAGGAUGAUAUUUAG